AUGGCAUUUCAAGCAAAUACACAGUCAAUGGGAUCAUCAAAUGUUGUAUUCAACACGCAAACUAGACUUGACACUUCUUAUGUGAAAACCAAGGAAGGAAUCAUAAAAUUAGUUGAAAUUAUCCUGGAUUUGCUAGGUUUUAUAUGUGUACAAUCUUCAUCAUUCUGGUCAAACUGGAGAGGUGUCUACUUUAAUGUAACUGCGCACUUAGGCCUUUGGUUCUCUGUUAUACUACUCCUAUUGUACAUCUUCCAUUUGAUCGAAAAGUAUCAUAAUGUCAAGUGGCUUCAGAUAGAGAUGAUUGGAUGUGCAAUUGUGACAUUUCUUUACCUAAUUGCAUCCACUAUUGUUGUUGCAUUUGGGUCGGCCGCUUAUUCUGCUGGUGGGUUCUUUGGCUACUUGGCGAUGGUGGUGUACGGUUACGAGGCGUUCACAAAAUUCCAAGCGAUAAAACGAGGUGAUCUCGCGCAGGGCAGUCGCGUCGUAACCAAACAGACCCACGUCACCACACCCCCUGCGUUACCAUAG